CUUUGUUUGUUUGUUUCUAUGUUGCGCCAUCUUUUCUUCUUUAGUGACUUUUUUGAGUCAUUUUCCACUUUCCUUCUUUUUCCAUCCUAAGGAACUUACAAAGUUGUUCCAUUUGAGGCAUGUUCCAUGUUAAAGAAGAACAACAAGAAGAAGAUCCUUCAAUCAAGCUUUUUGGAAGUGAUAUUCAAAUUCAUACUCCCAUUAACCAAACUCACACCACAGAUUCACAGAUUCACUCUCUUCCACAUCAACAAUCCAUCAUGAAUGGACUUGAAGAAUCAACUAAUGCUGAUGUUGAAGUUUCCAGCAAACAAGUUAAUCCACAAGAAGAUGCUAAUGCUAUUCCAAACAUGUACAAUACCGGUACUUUGAAACCGGUGACCAAAGCGGUUCACAGAACUAAUGAACACAAGACUGCCAAAAGAGAUACUGACAAUCAAGAGAAAGUUUUCAAGAAGCCAGACAAGGUUCUGCCAUGUCCUCGUUGCAAUAGUUUGGAGACAAAGUUUUGCUAUUUCAACAAUUACAAUGUUAACCAACCAAGGCAUUUCUGCAAAAAUUGUCAGAGGUAUUGGACAGCUGGUGGAGUAAUUAGGAAUGUUCCUAUUGGAGCCGGUAAGCGUAGAAAUAAGCAAUCGCCUUUGCAGAAUUGUCAAGUUCCUGUUACCCUUGAUGCAGUACCUGUCAUACACAUAGAUUCCAAGGAGGAAGUUCCUCUUAGUGAAUCAGUAGAAACUGUGUUAAAUCUCAAGGGCCAUAGAAAAAUUGAAAUGGACUCUUCUACUGUCAAAGAGGAUAUUGAGAACUCUUCCAGCUCUUCUGUGAGAGCUGCUGAAUCCGGGGAAAUGGAGUAUUCAGAAAGUGGAAUAGAGCAUGUUGGUUUGACUUUGACACCACAAUGCAAUGGCUUAAUUCCUUUACAUUCGCUUCAUUAUUACUCUGCUCCUCCAUGGACUUAUCCAUGUUGGAAUCCAGUGGCAUUUAAGUCUGAUAACAUAACUUCAAGUCCUGCAACCAUGAUGACAGUAGAAGUACCGAUGACACCUUCAUAUUGGGGCUGCAUGCCAAAUUGGGUUGGCCAAAUGGAAGAAUUAUCGUUAGUUGGAUCUGCGUUCAACGGAAUUCCAUCCCCUUCAUCUUCACCAACUUUAGGAAAACAUUGUAGAGAUGGAAGUACACAAGAAGAAGAUAUAAUGAAGCCGAAUAUUUGGGUGCCGAAAACUAUCAGAAUUAAUGAUCCAGAAGAGGCUGCUAAGAGUUCUAUAUGGUCAACUUUGAGAACAAAAUCUGAACAGAACAAACCUAUUAUGAAAGGAAGUGUUUUUAAAUCAUUUGAACCUAAGUCAAAUGCAAGUUCUCGUGAUUUAGACGAUAAUCAAAUUCUAAGAGCAAACCCUGCAGCUUUCUCUCGCUCCGGAUCCUUUCAGGAAAGCGUGUAAUAUCCUAACCAAGUCCUAGUAACAUUUGUUGUUGGAUGAGGCAUUGAGGAUUCCUUCAAGUACAUCGCUGUCAUGGCUAAUUCCAUGUAUUCAAUGUUUAAGAAGAUAGCUAUGAUAAGAACCACGAGGGAAUGUUAAGCUUAUUUGUUCUCUGAUCAAUAAGAAUUUCAAUUUUGCGACAGGAAUAGUUUCAUGGUAAGAUAGACUUGAGGGUUUGUGCUUCAAGUUCAUUAGAAUAAAGAGUCAUGGAAGUUGUUAAAUCCUGACUUUGAGGUAUGAUAUUUAGGAUUCCAAGCAGUUGCAAUCAAGAUAUUAGCUCAUUUGAGUUUGAGUUCGUGCGCAACGCUCACUUCUUUGUGUAUUGUUUUUCAUAAUUUUUAGGAAUGUAUUUCAUUGUUUUCUGUUCGUUUUUCCAAAUGUAGUGUACACUGAUUCUUGAGUUAGUUAUAUAACAUAAAAGAAAAUGCUCUGGCUAA